CGCGUCAUCGUUUCGGUCAGGCCCGUGCCAUGAUUUAUGAAUGUGGUCAUUUGUUUGGAUUACCGCGGGGACUGGUUUUGGGUUCUCUCUCUGAAACGAUCAACGGGAAAGUACUGCGCCUGAUAUGUGAUCGAGAGUGAUCCUCUCAGCCUCAGCGGCUGGCAAGUUUUUGCACGCAAAGCAAAGGAUGCUUGAGUGAGCCCACGACAGUCGACAAUGAGCAAGAAGGCGCGCCGGACGUGUUUUGAAUUCGUGAUCGCGCACUAAUCGUGAUAUUUAAUGUUCUGUGCUCGCUGAAAUGAAUUUUGUGAUGAAUGCAGUGAUCCCUACUGGUGGUGCAACGUUACCGAUUUUUGUUGCCAUUGUUGUUGUUAUUAUACUCGAUCAGCACGGCACCUUUGGGCGAUUGUACAAGAGGUGUGAGCUGGCACGUGAAUUGGCGCUAAAACAGGUGCCGGAAGAUCAGAUUGCCGAUUGGCUGUGCAUCGCUGAGCAUGGCUCGAAACUCAACAGUUCGGCUGUCAAUCUGAAGUAUAAAAAGUUUGGCGGCUCGGCUUACUAUGGAAUUUUUCAGAUUAGUGAUCUUUAUGGUUGUUUGAUCAGUUCCAUAUGUGGACUAACCUGUGCCGCUCUAAAGGACGACGAAGUUGAAGAUGAUAUUGAUUGUAUGAGAAAAAUUCACGCCGAGUACAGUCGUGAGAUUGGAGAUGGAUUUGCAGCUUGGCCGAUCCAUAGGACCUACUGUCGGGAUCCAGUGAAUCGAGUGUCGUUCAAUGAUUGUUUAAACGAGGAAGUUCUUCGUUUUCAAGCAUACUACAAGAAGAAAAAAGCUAAAGCUAGAAAAGAAGACUUGGUGCUGAGUGCUCCCGUUGGUAAAGUGUACGAUCGAUGCGAGUUGGCGGUGGAACUUCGAGACAAAUUUAAACUGCCGCAGGAACAAAUCGCUACUUGGGUAUGCAUAGCAUACCACGAGAGUCGGUUCAAUACUUCAGCCGAAGGUCGUUUGAAUGCAGAUGGUAGCGGUGAUCAUGGCCUAUUUCAAAUCAGUGAUAUCUACUGGUGUUCGGCAACCAGUCGUCCGGGAAAAGCUUGCGGGGUGACAUGUGAAGAUUUACGAAAUAAUGAUAUUAGUGACGAUAUUAGUUGUUUACGAAAAAUAUACGACGAACAUCAGCGGAUCUCAGGCAAUGGGUUUACGGCGUGGACGGUGUACAGGCCUUACUGUCAAGGAAGGGAAGAAAGCUUUAUGCACAAUUGCUUUGAUGAAGAACGGGUCUCGACGACGGCCAUCCGGCCACGACCAGGAAUCACAGCACCGACACGACCAGGUAAAAAAUCUGGAAUCAUCUCGGUCGGGAAGAUCUACGAUCGCUGUGAAUUGGCGAACGAUCUGCUGCAUAAAUACAACAUUCCAAAGGAACAGAUCGCAACCUGGGUGUGCAUAGCUUUUCACGAGAGUAGUUUCAACACAUCCGCCGAAGGUCGUCUGAAUGCGGAUGGUAGUGGCGAUCACGGAUUGUUCCAGAUUAGUGAUAUUUAUUGGUGUUCUCCACCGGGGAAUGGAUGGGCAUGUGGAGUAAGCUGCGACGAGCUGAAAGAUAAUGAUAUUUCCGAUGAUGUUCAGUGUAUUCGAACAAUUUAUGAGGAGCAUCAGAGACUAUCUGGUGACGGGUUCAAUGCAUGGUCUGUCUACAAACCCCACUGUAAAGAUAAAUCUGAAAGCUAUGCACGCGGGUGCUUCGGGUCGAUCGAAGAUCAAGCAGUAAGUCCAGCUUUACCGAAACCUGGAAUCACCGCUCCGACGCAUGCUCCUCCGAGGAAAUCUACCGCUACAAGAGGAAAGGUUUACAACCGUUGCGAGUUGGCUAGAGAAUUGUAUUUCAAGCAUCAUUAUUCGAUCGAGGAUGCUGCUACUUGGACUUGUAUAGCGCAGUAUCAGUCAAAUUUCAACACAGCCGCCGUUGGAUCCGGAUCGGGAGAUGUUAAAUAUCACGGAAUGUUCCAGCUGAGCGAUGAAUAUUGGUGUUCACCACCUGGUCGGGGCUGGGUCUGUGGGCUGCCUUGUUCCGAUCUGGAGGACGACGAUAUCUCGGAUGAUCUUGCUUGUAUGCGACAUAUCUACGAAGAACAUCAAAGAAUAUCCGGAGACGGAUUUAAUGCUUGGGCUGUUUACCAACCCUAUUGUAAGGGGAAAUCAAUGAGUAUGAUGAACGGAUGCUUCGAAGAGGGAGAAAACGCGCUGGUUCCAACGACAAUCCCGACUAGAAAGCCAACUAAGAAGAAGAAUGUUGGUGUAGGUAAGGUGUAUCAACGCUGCGAACUAGCUCGAGAGCUGUUCUACAAGCACAAUUUACCAUAUGAUCAAAUCGCAACCUGGGUUUGUAUCGCCCACAGAGAAUCAAACUACAACGUUUCGGCUAUCGGUAGAUUGAAUGCCGAUGGAAGUGAGGAUCAUGGAUUAUUUCAAAUCAGUGACAUUUACUGGUGCUCACCUCCAGGGAAAGGUUGGGUUUGUAAUUUGCCCUGCUCAGAUCUAGAAGAUAACGAUAUCACCGAUGAUCUGGAAUGUAUGAAGCUGAUUUUCGAGGAACAUACGAGACUUUCUGGAGACGGCUUCAAUGCCUGGGCUGUGUACAGACCGUACUGCAAAGGAAGAUCUGAUCAUUAUAUCAACGGAUGUUUCGAUGACCCGACUACGAUUUCCACUAUGCUCCCUACUCCGACACGGCCAACCUAUCCAACAACGAAAAGGACAACCUAUUCCCGGUUACCACCAACAACUACCAAAACUACUGUCGCAUCUACAACAACUUCAAAGAAGAGCUUUUGGAGUUCAUCGACCACGAAACCAACACUGCCAUCCGUAACGACCCGAACGAUCAGUUCCAGAAGUACAACCUCCCGCCCUACCUAUGGAUCUAGCAAAGCAACAACCAACCUGUACGAUUUUUAUCUAAACCAUUUCGGUCGCCCGAACACUACUCCGGUGACCUACGCACCUUUUACAUUCAGAACUACAAAUGUUCCAAAAACUGCCACGACCACUGCCGCAACAACCACCACACGUUUUACAUGGUCACCAAAACAUGAAACUAGUACUACAAGUCGGACGACAUCUGCAAGCACCGUUCAAUAUUCAAACUUUGAUCGACUAUUCGAUCAGUUCAAACAUGGCUGACAAUCGCUUCUAGCCUAAUGAAUAAAUUAAUUUUGCACAUAAAAAUGAUGAUUCAUGAUUUGUACAUGUGAGAAAUACCAUUAACCUAUGAUCAAUGAUGACAUUAGGUAAUAGAUCCUUUUCAACUAUCCUUCCGGUUCUAAUGAGAAAAGUUCCAAACUAAUAAAACGUUAGAUUUAUCGAUCAUAUAAAUAAUUAAUUGCUAUU